AACUGCUAGAUUGCCCGCAGUUUAGAAUUGUUGGCGAAUCGAGAAAGAAGCAAUCGAGAGAGAAGAAGAAAAAAGUUCCAAGUCAAAGAAAAUAUAUUUCCAAGCGAAAAAAUUUAAACUGAGCAGCAGCAAAGGAAGCAAAUCGAAAUCGUGCGAAACUUAAAAAGCGAAUUAUCCUGAACCGGUAAAUACAAAAGAAGGGAAUAUUGUGGCACAGAGAAAAACAACGUUCCUCCCCUACCCUUUCUAAAGGAUAAGGAAGCACCAGCAUCCAUUAGUGUGCGAGAACGAUAGGCGCAAACUGAGAAAUAGUACGCACUUCACAACGAUCCACUUCAACCGCUUUAAGCGAGCGCACGUGUGCGUGAGUUUGCGCGUGUGUGUGCGAUUUGAGUACGAACACGCACGGCAAAAUUGUCUACAUCGCGAGAGCAAAAUUUGGAUUUCGAUUUCGAUCGACGAUAAAACCUUACAUCCUUCCUCCUCCACGGCUCAAAAUCGCCAAAGCAGAUUCAGCAGACUCUUUGGUUAGAGUUUUGUGCUACACGAGAGAGAGCGAGAGAGGAUUUCUUCCAGAGCUUGUUUUGUUGGGUUAAGAUUGAUCGCGUUUCCGGAACACACGUUUCUUCUAGGGGAGAAGAAUUUGAAGAAGAAAAAAAAUCAUACAUUACUAUUACCUGUGCAAUCAUAUUGUAUACGCGGACGUGAAGAGCAAUAGAUCACCCGCUCCCGGUCGUGUUAUUAUAAAAAAAAAAACAGUGUGUGCUUAGUGAGAGGUUAACGUGCGCAAAAACAUAAACAUUGAAAAAUACGUUACAAGCACCCCUUCACACACUCACUCUAUUGCACGUGAAAGCCGGCUUGCAUAGCAGAGCAAGGUACGGUGUGAGAAUAAAAGACUUUUUUAAUUUAUUUACGUUUGAUAAAGCAGCAAGUGUGUGUGCGUGUGUGUGUGGAGAAGCGCUAAAUGUGUAGCGAAGAAAGCAGGUCGAACACGGCGAACAUAAAAAGGAUUGGUGGUUUCAAGCGAAGGUGAAGAAAAGUGCCCCCGGGGAAAAAAAGAGAAAGAUCAGAUUGAAAGCGUAGAAAAUACAUUCUUCCUACAACAAUAAUAUACGUAUAUACAAACACACAAAAUCACAAUCACACGAUAAAGAAACACAUUUCAACAGAACGUGGCGAUUUGUGUGUAUGUGUGGCGUUUCGGCGCACCCGCUGUGAAGCAGGGAGAGAAGGCAGACACGAGGAGACACCAACCAAGCAGAUGCUGUCGGCUGCGUAGCUAAGAACGACAAACGGGCAUCAAGUGAUUAACAUUAAACGAAAAAAUUGUGAAUAUUAGAUCGGUAGUGGCUUUAGGCAGUAAGUGUGUGGGUAUAAGGUGAAAGCUGUAAUUUUAAGUGCAAAACAAAACCCCCGGUACCCGAACCCCGGCAGCGGCGGCGUAGGUGUGUCACGUAGUCAAAAAGCAAAGGUUAAGAGGAGACUCGUCUUGCGAACAAAGAAAACAAAAUCGGAAGCAGAAUAAUCACACCACAACCCCUGUGUUGAACCCCACCGUGUGGCGCAAAUGGGUACAGUGUAAAAUAUUGCUAAUACUUAGUACUACUAUUACUACUACUACUACUAUUACCACUACUACGGCAAGUCAUAAUUGUUUUCGGUUUAUCGUUUUUAAACUGAAACUAUCAGCAGCAAAUACCGGCAAAACAUUAGUCUACUUGUAAUUUCGUGCGAAAGGCAAAGCAAAUUGGUGCGCCUGUGUGUGUGUGUGGUGCACAAAAAAUAGGAAAAUUUCUAUUGUUCAAAAAGUAGAGCGAGAGUGAACGGAGUUUAUAAAAGAAUCAAGAGCUAAAAGUCAACUUGUGUCAGCGUCAUGAUGACUGAAACGUUGAAUUCGAAUAAUCAUCUCAGCCAGAAAGGCGAGAACAACAAAGUUGGUGACAUGGGAUGGAAGGCCAAACUUAAAAUACCGCCCAAAGAUACUAGAGUUAAGACUAGUGAUGUUACUGAUACCCGAGGAAACGAGUUCGAGGAGUUCUGCCUGAAGCGGCCGCUGCUGAUGGGCAUCUUCGAGAAGGGUUGGGAGAAACCGUCCCCGAUCCAGGAGGCGGCCAUCCCGAUCGCCCUGGUCGGCAAGGACAUCCUGGCGCGGGCGAAGAACGGCACCGGCAAGACGGGCGCGUACAGCAUCCCUGUACUGGAGCAGGUCGACCCGACCAAGGACUACAUUCAGGCACUGAUCAUAGUGCCGACGCGCGAGCUGGCCCUGCAGACGUCACAGAUCUGCAUCGAGCUGGCGAAGCACAUGAACAUUCGCGUCAUGGUGACGACCGGUGGAACCAACCUGAAGGAUGAUAUCAUGAGAAUUUAUCAGAAAGUGCAAGUGAUCAUUGCCACGCCCGGCCGUAUCCUCGAUCUCAUGGACAAGGAGGUGGCCAACAUGUCCCAGUGCCGGAUGCUAGUAUUAGACGAGGCGGACAAGCUGCUGUCGCAGGACUUCAAAGGCAUGCUGGAUCAUGUCAUAAUGAGAUUGCCAAAGGAGCGCCAGAUCCUGCUGUUCUCCGCGACAUUCCCACUGAGCGUGAAGAACUUCAUGGAGAAGCAUCUGCGCGAUCCGUACGAGAUCAACCUGAUGGAGGAGCUGACGCUGAAGGGCGUCACGCAGUACUACGCGUUCGUGCAGGAGCGCCAGAAGGUGCACUGUCUCAACACGCUCUUCUCGAAGCUCCAGAUCAACCAGUCGAUCAUCUUCUGCAAUUCGACGCAGCGUGUCGAACUGCUCGCGAAAAAGAUUACCGAGCUGGGCUACUGCUGCUACUACAUCCACGCCCGCAUGCAGCAGGCCCACCGGAACCGGGUGUUCCACGACUUCCGGUCGGGGCUGUGCCGGAAUCUGGUCUGCUCCGAUCUCUUCACUCGUGGUAUCGACGUACAGGCUGUGAACGUUGUAAUUAAUUUCGAUUUCCCCAAGAUGGCAGAGACCUACCUGCACAGAAUCGGUAGAUCCGGACGCUUCGGACAUUUGGGUAUCGCCAUCAAUCUAAUCACCUACGAGGAUCGUUUCGAUCUUCACCGCAUUGAGAAGGAGCUGGGCACGGAAAUUAAGCCCAUCCCGAAGGUGAUCGAUCCGGCACUGUACGUACCGCGGCCGGAUGAUCCUAACAGCACGCAAGAGGAGCAAAACGUCAGUAAAUAAGUAAGAAGAACGAAGGAGAAGGAGGUGGAGAAGGGUGAGAAGGGUGAGCUGAGUCGUGGCGUGUGUGAUAUAUAGAAUGUUGGUGUGAAGAAUGGUGCGCGCAGGGGCGUACCAAGAACGGAGAAAACAUUUAAUUUUUGCACAGAGCGAGAGAGAGAGACAGAACGAAGAAGAAGAGAAGGAAGGUGUGGUGGUUCUGAAAGGUUUUGGAAUAUCGGGAGAACGAAAGGCAGGGGAAGCGAGAAGAGGAAGGAGAAGAGAAAUGAAGUGUACAAACUACAAACACACAACACAGCAAACGUACGUCGCACAGAGUAGGAAAUGUGUGAAGAGAGAAAGCCAAAUAAGUCGAAGAAACGUUUGAUGAGCCGGAGCAUUCUAAUGUAAGUCUUUUCGUUAUCAUCAUGAAUGCCAGAAAGCCAAGGUAUGUGCGCGUGUGUGUACCGUACGGUGCUUGCGCACUUUAAACAAUGAGGAAAAGCAGAUAUUUUACAGAACCUAAAUUAGAACAAUGUUAACAGAACACAACAACGUACACAGAGAGGCAAUAGAGAGGCGGUGGUGUGUCUGCCCCAGGGUGUUGAAAGAUCGAAGGAGAACAAAAAGGUCAAGAAUCAUUCAGACGUCGUCAUCACUUUUCUUAAGGCCAGAGCAAAGCUUCUCGCCAUCGUACAGAAGAAGCACCGCACCGGCAAAUUUUCAGUAAGCUAUCGUGCAAUCGAAUCGUGAAAGUUCUCGCUAUUGCUUUUCUCAACAACAAUGCCUUUGAGAUUGCGCUAGUCGCGUGUAAACUAAAGAUAUGAUGUUUUCCUCCUUUCCUAAUGUUGGAAUGAACUUUUAUUCCUCUUUAGAGAAUGCGAGGAAAUGUCAUUGGGACAGUGUUGCACACUUCUGCAGAACACGAGGAGCGGGUAAAAUAAUACCGGGUACAUGCUGCUUGUUGUGUACUUUUUUUUUUUUUGGUUGGGUUGCGUGGACAAAACGAACACCACCGUGUAAGAGCAAUCCAGAGUUUCCGCGUUCUGUCCUGUCCAAUUCGAGCUCUAUGUGUGAUAAUCAGGCUCGAUUCUAGGCGACGCAAGAAGAGUCUCAGAGGCAUUUGUUAGGGAAGAGUAUUGAACUCUUUUGACAAAAUUCACCGCGCGCAUACUGAGGGAGGCGGAUCGUUUGCGUACAGGGCAGGCACACAGGGGGGCGUUAGAACCGUUACCUACGUGACGUGUAGUGCCCGAACGUUCUCUGCUGUGUAUAGCGAUUCAUCGUCAUCACAUCCAAACGAUUGCAAUUACUUUUUACGUAUAUCGACUUUUUCUAUCGAUGUUGGAGAGCGUAAGAAAUUGUGUGUGAUUGCAUUUUUUUGUUGUUGUUGUCGUGUGAAACAGGCAAUCGUCAUUCGGUGUCGUUGCUCAAAACGUUAGAGAACACUUUCUAUCCCGAUUAUAGGCCAACAGACGAAUGCGUAUUUAUUCUUACCACACAUCAUCAGGUCAGGUGUACAUCAUUCCUCUCUUCGUUCCCCCGUCCCCGUAUCGUUCUUUGUGUCUCCCAUAUUCGGUACCAAAAUCAUAAAACAAAACCAUUAUAUCAUGCAUUAUCAGCUACUACUACUACAGCCAAGCGUAGAGAGGGAGGAAGGUGGGAAGCCAGCAAAGGAAAAGCGUGAAAAGCGCAGUAAGGAGUAAACCGAUCAGUCUGCGCGUGUGUGUGGGCUCCCUGUUGAGCGCGCAGAGGCAAAUUUGGAAAACAAAACUGCGGGAAGCAAAAGCACAGCAGGGGAAAGGAUGGAUUUUUAGAAUGUGAUGAACGAAGAAGCGAAUGAAACGUUUCUGUGGAAGGGAUGAGAAUAUAGUAGGCAGACAGAGGGAAAACCGUAUACAACAAACGUGGUUACAAUAGCGUGGGAAGAAAUCAGGAAUUCUUGGUUUGAUAAGAUUAUGUUCGAAUCGGAAUGUGAGUCAAACGGCUAAUACUACAAAAUGGAGGAAAUUGUUUUGGACGCA